AUGUCCCAACCCUGCAUCCUGAUCAUCGGCGGCGGCGCCUUCGGCACCUCAGCCGCCUACCACCUCUCCCACCGUGGAUACACCAACGUCACAGUGUUGGACAGAUUCCCAGCACCCUCAAAAGAAGCCGCAGCGACAGACCUAAACAAGAUAAUCCGGUAUGACUACCCAAACCCGCUGUACACAAAGCUCGGCCUAGAAGCCAUGGGAGUGUGGAAAGACCCCAAGUCGCUUUUCCGAGGCUUGUUCCGGGGGACGGGCUGGAUUAUGGCGGCGCAUGAUAUGACGAGGGAGUUCUUAAAGGCUGCGUAUGACGGGGCAAAAAAGGCCGAUAAAAAUGGGGUUAGAUGGUUGAGUGUACAAGAGACGAAGAGGACCUGGCCUGAAUUUACGGGGGCGUUUAACGGUUGGGUGAAUCUGUGGAGCCCUGAAGCUGGAUGGGUCCCAUCCGGCCAAGCACUUCUGCGCUUCUCACAGGCUGCCCAGGCAAACGGGGUGAAAUACGUCUCCAGCGACGCUGGCUACGUGAAACAACUCCUGUUCAACGCACAGGGCGAAUGUAUUGGCGCCCUAGCUGCCAAUGGACAGACCCAUCUCGCCGAUAUUGUCAUCGUCUGCACGGGUGCAAAUACAGCAGCGCUGGUUGAAGCAAAAGACGAGAUCAUCGCGCGCUCGCACUGCGUCGGUGUGAUCCAGCUGACACCUGAGGAGGCGGAGAAAUAUAAGGGUCUUCCUAUUGUGGAUGAUUUCGAGCAGGGAAUCCUCUUCCCACCGGAUGAAAACGGCCUACUGAAACUCUGCAGCUGCCGCUUCAUCACAAACUACUACAACUCGCACAUUCCCGGGGCUUCAUUAGGUCACUCGCAUGCCGACUAUCCUGAAGACGGCGUCCCGCGGCAGAUCGAAGAGGAAAUGCGAUCUUUUGUCCGCGAUAUGAUCCCCGAGCUGGCGGAUCGAGAAUGGGUUUCAACUCGGAUGUGCUGGGACGGCGACACCAAAGACGUCAAUUUCCGCAUCUGCGCAUUCCCAAAUACCAAGAACCUCUACAUCGGCACGGGGGGCUCCGGGCACGGCUUCAAGUUCAUGCCGAUUAUCGGGAAGUAUAUUGCGGAUAUGCUGGAAGGGAAGCUGGAUAAGGAGUAUGCAGAGCUCUGGAAGUGGCGCUUUGGUGCUACGCCGGUUAAGACGGGGCAGGAACCGCAUCCAUGGCCCCAGAGGGACUUGGGGGAGCUGGAUGGGUGGAGGGGGAGGAAUGCGAGGGUUGUUAGGGGGAGGUUGUAG